AUGAAUGAUCAAGGGCUCUCCUCUUCUGAUGACGACUCCAACUACCAAUCCCACUUCAAUGUUCCGUCGGUCAAUUUAGCGAAUCUACGCAAGAAAGAUGGGAAAAACUCCACCCGCGCAAACUUCGCGAGGGCCACCAAGAAAUUGUCGCAAGGCACCAAGACGGUGCGGUUUCCCGAUUCCGCGCAGCCCGAGUCGUUCCGUCGUUCCGUAGUGUCUUCCAUGCUGUCGGUUAAUGAACUGGACCUGGAUCCCGAGAACUACCCUGGCGCAGAGGCUCAGGGUCAGAAUCUUCCCAACUUCAGGUUGCAGAUUCCCAGUGAGCAGGACUCCGAGCAAGACUCUGACUCAGAAUACACCCCCAUUGACCCUGUGGACCAUCCGGUCAAUGCAUACAACGUAGACUCCUCUGGUGACGAGGGCCCCUUUGAGCCUUCGAGAAAGAGUUCCCGCACAUCUAGACCGGGCGAAAUCGAUCUCACUGACAUUCGCCGCUCAUCGGUGACCAACUCGUCUCGGAAGUCGGGCGAUAGCACCGAAAAUAAGGGCUUCCGAGACAUCUUCAGGAAGAUGUCUAUGGCUGAGCGCGUACAGGGCGCCGAUGCUCCUUCACGCUCGGACACGUUUUUGGGAAAGGUUCUCAACUUUGGCGGCGGGAGCACGGGCGGCUUGGCCCCUGGCGCAUCCUUGAAGAACACGGAAGUCCUUGAUGAGGAGAAAGAGUUUGCUCCUCCUGAAGAUAAUGCCAUCGAAAUGAAGCCUUUAGACUUUUCCGAUUUGAACGAAGAAGCUCAGCAUCUCAUUUCUGCACACGUUCCGAACGCUCAUCAUCACGAGCCAAAACGGUCAUUGAGUGACCGAGACUCAGACGUCAACAACAGCUCGUCUGCUUUCCUUGUUCCAAAUGAGAAGCCAACUGCUACAUCCGGUCAUGUUCCAGGUCACAACCGCACCAACACGGAAGGCUCAGGCGAGACCUUCUUCCAGCCAAAUCCAGACUUUUUGUUCGAUGAUCCCCGUGAUGAAAUUGAUCACGAUGACUUUUUCGACGACGAUGGUUUUGUGGCUCCACCUAAGCAAGUGCACGCAGGUGUUUUGUCUUCAUUACUUAAGCUUUACCAAAACGGUGGCGACAAUAGAUCAACGACCACCUUUGGUUCGUCCAUCAACGGCUCAACUUUGGCUAGCGAGAGCGCUUUUGAUAGUGAUUUGAACUUAAAGCAGGCCAAUCAUAGAGACUUUUCACUGUUGAAAGCCACACUCAAACAUGGUCAACAAAAGUUAAGUGGUGCUUGGCGAAACAAAGGCCAGCAAUCCGAUACGAACAAACAAGACGGCGAUGAAGAUCUUGGAGAUUUGGACGGUGAAGCAUCAAAUCUUCCCUCUUUCCAAAAUGCUAAACCAAAGGCACCUAAGAUGGACGCCCGCAAAAUUGGCAAACGUUUCAAGAAGCGUGAAAAUCAAAAGUUGCGCAUCACAGUUCACAUCGCAGAUAUCUUACAACGCCAACGUUUCAUCAUCAGAAUGUGCAAAGCCCUCAUGAUGUAUGGUGCACCCACCCACAGAUUGGAAGAGUAUAUGAUUAUGACAAGUAGAGUCCUCGAAAUCGAUGGUCAGUUUGUUUACUUCCCCGGAACCAUGAUCAUGGCCUUCGGUGACGCAGCUACCAGAACCUCGGAAGUGCAUUUAGUCAAAUGUGCUCAAGGUCUCAACUUAUCAAAAUUAUCGGAUACGCACAAAAUCUACAAGGAAGUCAUUCACGACUUAGCCGGUGUCGAAGAGGCAACUACAAAACUCGAAGAGCUCAUUCGCAGUAACAACAUUUACUCACCAUGGUCAUGCGUUUUCUUGUAUGGGUUGGGAUCUGCUACUGUUUGCGCUUGGGGUUUCGGUGGUGGUUGGUACGACAUUCCCGUCACAUUUGCAAUUGGUCUCAUUAUUGGAUAUUUGCAGUUCUUUUUGUCGCCAAAAUCCCACUUGUACUCCUCUGUGUUUGAGGUCGCUGCUUCCAUUGUUGUGUCUUUCAUCUCGCGAGCCUUGGGAUCAAUCCGUGGUGGAAAUAUAUUCUGUUUUGGAGCUAUUGCACAAGGUGCUUUGGCUCUUAUUUUGCCAGGUUACAUUAUUUUGUGUGGCUCGCUUGAGCUUCAAUCAAAGAAUCUCGUCGCCGGUUCUGUGCGUAUGUUCUAUGCCAUCAUUUAUUCGCUAUUCCUUGGUUUCGGAAUUACUCUCGGAGCCGCCUUAUAUGGAUGGGUUGACCAUAAUGCCACAGAUGCAGCUGUUUGUCCGGCGGGUCACAGCUUGGAUGACAAAUGGAAGAUUUUGUUUGUGCCAAUUUUUUCCAUCUGUUUGAGUCUCAUUAAUCAAGCUCGCUUACGUCAACUUCCUGUGAUGACGAUAAUUACAGCUAUUUCUUAUGUGGCCACCUUUUUUGCAGGUAAGCACUUUGCUGAUGUGACUGAGUUCACUGCAGCCAUCGGAGCGUUCAUUAUUGGUGUUUUGGGUAAUGUGUAUUCCCGUUUAGGUAGAGGAAUGGCUGUCAGUGCAAUGCUUCCAGCUAUUUUCGUACAGGUUCCGGGAGGUAUUGCCUCAAAGGGCUCCUUGUUGGCGGGUGUUGACACAGCAAACAAAAUCACCAAUUCAUCUGCGACAGGAGUCGCCACCGAUGCCAGUUCGUUGAGUUUUGGUGCUACAAUGGUGGAGGUUUCAAUUGGUAUUAGUGUCGGCUUGUGUGCCGCUGCUUUAGUUAUUUAUCCUUUCGGUAAGCAAAGGACAAGUCUUUUCACCUUAUGA